ACAAUUGAGGGAGUUGGCACAUCUGCCUAUAUCGGAGCAGCGCAAUUCAUCUCGGAGAAAGACUAUUUGAUCGUCGCUGAUAGUAUUUCGACAAUAGAAGCCCGCCAUGCAAGCUGGCUCGCCACUGAACUCACCCUUACUCCCUGGCCCGGAGCAUUUGACCGAGCUCUCACCUUUAACGAGGCGUUUACCCUGGCGUCCAACUUCAUUGUGCCAGGAUCUUGCCCCUCCAGCAACCCUCCUAUCGCGUUCAAGGCGAACCCUCAACUCGUCGUUCAAGAGACAAAUGUGACCACGGGCCAAACGAUUCACGUUUCCUUCAACAUUACCACUUCUCAGAGUACUCCUUUGUUUGCUGCCUUCCUUACUGGCGUGGCUCCCGUUGAAGUAUUUGGUACUUUCACCCGCACGGGGAAAGGUAGCGGCACUGUGACGGUCCCGAAAGGCCUUACGGGGCAGACGUAUCUUGUACUUACGACCACCAAAGUUCAGAGUUUCACAGACGUUGGGGUAGUUGCUGGGCCUGCCGUGUUGUUCUUUAACUUCCCUCCCAAUCCCAACUGA